AUGGACAUGUGCCGCAUAUUUACAGAAGAAACUCAAAAAUUAGAGAAAAUUAACGAAGUUAAAAAAGGUCAUCGCUCGAAGAAGAAAGGCGUGUUGAAGCAUCGAAGGGCUAAAAGGCAAACAGGCUUCAACGCUCUGAACCCUACGCUGUACCUAGAUGAUGCUAGAAGAGUAGAGAACAUAGUGGAUAAGGUGUACGACGACCUUUUGGAGAAAGGGGAGAAGAUUAAAUACAGGCGUAUGAAUAUAGAAGAACUGGAGAGGAAUAAAACUAUCACAUCACCUGUAUCUGGAAGGAGGUUCGUUUUUGCUCCAAUGAAUCUAACAAGAGGACAUCCUACGAAACAGGGAUCAAAUAUGAACGGCCCUCCACCUUCUGGAAAAACACCACGAUUUCCGCUGAGCAUCGUGCCUUACUUCAUAGACCGAAGAACUUACGACGCAAAUCUAGCUGAUAUGAUAGGAAAAGCGUUUGAUUACGUCGAAAAAGUGACGUGCAUCCGAUUGCAACGUCUGCGUGAACGACCUACGGACAAGGAAUCUCUUCAGAAUGUCGAAUGGCUAUACAUUACAAAUCCAUCUGGCAUCAGGCAGUGUGUUCAUAGCAACGAACGGGCUUUGAUCAGAGGUGUUCAGAUGAUUGUCUUGGGAUAUGAUUGCAUGUCCGUAGGUGAAAUUUUGCACGAGACAAUGCAUGUGCUGGGGUUCUCUCAUGAACACAUCAGACCUGACAGGGACCAGUUCGUCUCUAUAUUGUGGGACAACAUUAAACCAGGUUACAAGAAAUUUUUUGAGCGUCUUGAAGAACCUAAUGUCGAGAAUUUACCGUAUGACUAUGCAAGUAUACUGCACUACCCUUCACGCGCCUUCUCGAAAAACGGUCAAGUGACAAUUGUGGCCCGGGAUGGCUUGAAAAUUGGCCAACGUGAUGGUCUUAGCGAUACUGACAUAGAAAAAAUUAACACCAUUUAUUCAGCUGAAUGUGUCAAACGAAACAGACAGUACCUCCUCAAAACUUGUCCGAGUGUAGUCAAACCUAAACCGGAACCUCAGAAGGCUUCUCGACGAGAAAUUGAACAGUAUUUUGAAAAGAGGCUUUGGCCAUACGGAUUUGUUAACUACCAAAUAAAAGAUAGUAUGGAGUUCACUAGCGAUGAGAAAGAAAAUAUACGUGCAGUUAUACAUCAUAUAGAAAUGGAGACUUGCAUAGAAUUCAGAGACCUUACACAAGACUCUGACUCUAGCAAUGAGUCAGAUAACAGUGUCGAGUCAAAUAAUAAUAGCAAGACUAAUAAUACAAUCACAAAGAAAUUAAAACUAAGUGGUGAAAUUGAUUUGAAUGCAGAAGAUGCAAUAAGCAAUCAAACAAACAAAGAAAAUACUUUGCAAGCAGACGAUUCCAAAACCGAUAUGAUAAUUAAUAAACUUAGUAAAGCGUCCGAAAGCAACGCAGUUGAGGAUGAUAAAGAUAGCUUAAUGAAAUCUAAAACUUAUAAAAGAGAAAAGGAGUCUCUGACUGCAAAAGGAAAACAACUCAAAAAGAAGACAUCAAAGAGGUCUGCAAAGUCCACUAGACUAGGGACGAACGGACGGGCGCGUCCACCAAUAUCGCCUUCUCGUAGACAUGCCUCUAAUAUCCUGGUCUUCACUCGCUCUACAAAACCAGGGUGCGCCUGUCCUAAAAUUCCUGGCGUGCCUACAGAUCCUAUAACAAUUGAGAUAAACGCCGAUUGCUUCAAUUCUGUCAACGUUCUGUUGCACCUAUUCGUCCACUUACUGGGACUGGACCAUCAGCACAAUAGCCACGAUAGAGAUUCAUUUCUUCACAUAGUCUGGGACCAACUCACUGAAGAUGUAAAACAAGAAAUGCAAGAUAAGUUACCACCAGCAGCAUCUGCAGGUUUCGCCUACGAUUACCAAAGCGUAAUGCACUACCCCUGGCUGCAGAUCAAGAAUGGACGAAGUAAUAUCAUGUACCCCAUCUGGAAUGAUGGUUGGGCCAUGGGCAACUGGCAAGGUUUAAGCUCAGUAGAUGUUCAGAAACUGAAUUAUCUGUACAAGAGUCAAUGCGAGCUCAGGAGAAGAGAAGCUGAAGCUGCGGGUGUGAAACUAGGAAUUACACAUAAAUAA